AAUCCUCAAAGCUACAGAGGUCUGCAGAGAAGUUGAAAAAUCUCUGCCACCUGUUUCUAGUGUGGAGCCGAUAGCAAGUUCAAGCUGUCGUCCUGCUAUGUUCAGAAGAAUUUUUCGAAACACAGCCCAUCCUCUCUCAGACGGCCGGACAAAGAUAUUCCAGAGCUGAGCUAUCAUUCCUGCCCAAGUGAAUUAAACUCAGCAAACGAGACAUAUUUGAGUUGCACUAUUAGCCCAUCAGUAAUGCCGCAGAGCACCAUUAGCACUUCAGAGGGAAUGUUUUAUUUUGUACUUAAAUUUUUUUUUCUGUAAAAUUAUCUCGUUAUUCCGGAAAAACAGAGCUUUUUAUUUUUUUGCGGCUGAAUGCAAUAAGCUUCCGUAAACUAGCACCAUGUGAUUUAUACAAAUAAAUGUGUCUACUUCAUACAAUGUCGAUAUAAGAUUCUAUACUGAUGUUCCAAAACAACAGUCUACACACUUUUUUCCCCUUAAUGGUUUAUGCUAUAGUGUGGGCAUGGAUUAUUACAUUUUGGGGACAGCUGCUGAUGCUCAGAGACGUUUUUAGCUUUUGGUUCAUGCUGGAUGGAGAAUAUUUAAACCUUCUGAAUGUUCCUAACAGUGACAACAUUUUGAGUGCUCCCUCUUUCUCCAAAUAAAACCCCAUGCUUUGAAUAAUAAUAAUUAUUAUUAUUAUUUUUAAGUUGACGUGUUCUGGUGUAAAUCUUCUCUGUGUCUCAAAAUCAGAUUUGUUUCUACGAUAAUUACCCUACUAGUUUCCUCAUAUUUCCAUCCAUGACACAUUGUGGCCAAAGAUUUCCCAAUAUUUCCAAUGUCCCAAUAAUGCAACAUGCUGAGGAGCUUAGACCCACCCAUUUGACUGUGUAUAAAAAGCUCUACAGGGCAACGCUAUCACAGUCAUCUUGACCAGCUAGGAGAAGGAUUGUGGAGACGUAAAUAUUCUUUAGUUCAUUUAGUUAAAAAUUUAUGAUAACUUUUAUGCUUUAUGUUGUAUUUUCCAAUUCUACAGGUGAUCAGUGAAACCAUGCUGAAGGUAUUAUUACUGCUGGGAUGCCUCAUGUGCCUCACCCUGGCUGAUUCUAUAGCUCAACGAGGGAAACGCCCACAACAUGGAGGCCCCCCAAAUGGAGGCCCCCCUCAUCGAGGCCCCCCAAAUGGAGGUCCCCCACAUCGAGGCCCCCCAAAUGGAGGCCCCCCUCAUCGAGGCCCCCCUCAUGAGGGCCAUAAACACCAUCACAGCAAUGAGGAUCCUUCUCUGAACCAACCAUCUACUACAACAACUACAGCUCCAGCUACAACAACUACAGCUCCAACUACAACAACUGUGGCUCCAACUACAACAACUGUGGCUCCAACUACAACUACCACAGCUGCUACUACAACUGUGGCUCCAACUACAACUACCACAGCUGCUACUACAACUGUGGCUCCAACUACAACUACCACAGCUGCUACUACAACUGUGGCUCCAACUACAACAACUACAGCUCCAACAACCACCACUACUGUGGCUAAAACAACAUAAAAUCAAAAAUUGAAAGUCUGGAGGCAUAAAAUCUAAAUGAAAAUCUACAAAUCUUAAAAACUAUAUGAUAGAUGAAAUGUGAUAAUCAAGAAAUAUGUGAGUCAACAUAUUCUUGAUUGCUGUACCAUCUCAAAUAAAACAUGUGGAAAAAUA